UAAUGAGAGGCGUAUCGGUUCUUUUGUUGUGGAGUGUGGUGGACCUCUCCACCCAGUAUGUGUACGAUAAUGUGACCAUAGACUAUGUGCCCAGACAGCUGACGCAGUUUAAGGAAGAGCACCCUAAACCAAUAGGAGUCCUCACAACAACUGCCGGAGCACCUGUUGACAUCAGGCAGACGGUCACAAUGAACACAGACAUAUUUUCCAACACCUACCACAUGGACACAACCUCAAAUUCUGACGUCAGACAAAUCCCGGAAAGGACUGUGCAUGCCCGAGGGUUUGGAGCUCACGGAUACUUCGAAGUGACCCAUGAUGUCUCCAAAUACACCAGUGCUGAUGUUUUCAAUGGAAUUGGAAAGAAAACUCCUUUAUUUGGCCGUUUUUCCACAAACAUUCAAAACAAAGGUGGACAAGAGCUUGGAAGAGAAAUCAAAGGAUUAGCAGUCAAAUUAUACACACAGGAAGGAAAUUUAGACUUCCUAAACUUACAUCUUCCGGUCUACUUGUACAGAGAUCCCGUUGACUUUGCCCAUUUUGUAAGGGCAUUCAGAAGGAACCCUAAAACAAAUAUAAUUGACUACACAAUGAUUUGGGACUUGAUAUCCCAAAGACCAGAUGUACUGAACAACUUUAUGUGGCUACACUCGGAUUACGGGAUUCCUGAUGGAUACAGAAGAAUGGAUAUAUUCCCAUUGCAUACUUAUGAAAUCACCAACAAACACGGAGAGAGUUUCUUUGUUAAGUUUAACUUUCGGACUGAACUGGGGUUGGCUAAUCUUACCACUGCUCAAGCCCAAGCUAUAGCCAGCCAAGAUCCUGAUUAUUUCACCAGAGAUGUGUAUAAUUCAAUUGCUAAUAAGAAAUAUCCUUCAUGGAGAUUAGACAUGGAUAUCAUGACUCCAGAACAAGUAUUGAAUCUAGAUUAUAAUCCAUUCGACGUGACAAGGUUGUGGAAGAGAGGAACUUUUAAAACUGUCACCAUUGGCCGACUCGUAUUAAAUAAGCAUGCCGAUAAUGACUUUAGAGAUACAGAACAGAGUGCGUAUAACCCUGCCAACUUAGUACCUGGUAUACCUGGGCCCAUUGACAAUAUGUUCAGAGCACGAAGAUUUGCUUACCGCGAUGCUCACAAGUACCGUUUGGGAGGUAACCACGAUAAUAUUGAAAUCAAUCAUCCAAAAUAUACGAAGGUCUACAAUCGCGAUGGCCAAGCUCCGAUAAGAGAUAACAUGCACGAUGCCCCGGUUUACUACCCGAACACUUUUAAUGGUCCAGAACCAAUUGUUGAUUUGAGUCAUCCGAAAGUGAGGAAACAUAUGUGGGAUAGAAAUUCUGUUGAUUUGCAGCCUAAUUCAGAGUUCUACAAUGACAUUUUAGAGAACGAUGCUCAUAGGCAAAGGCUUGCAGAUAACUUGGCGGCUACUCUUGUCAAUGUGGACCGUCAUGUUGUGAAGAAUGCUCUUAGUCUGUUAUCGAUGGUUUCUAAGGAUUUGGGUCAUAGAGUGACUGUGAGUUAUAAGGCAGCUCAAGAGAGGGCAAAUGCUGCUGCCAAGUUGGAUGCUCAAACGAGAUACGAGCCUCUUGCAAGAUGUGUCAGCUUGUUCGCACAAGGUCGUUUGAAGUGA